AUGGCUCUGAGACAUAACAACUCCUUGGAGAAGAGGGUCUCACGGGCAGACAUAGAAGAUGUAGCCAUCUCCAGUCACAAUGAUGACAAAUCCAUUGAGUACCUGAAAAGCCAUACCUGCGGACCAGACGCUGUCAGCUGGAUACAGCACCAUGUACAGCCCCCAGCACCUCCCCCCGAGAGCACCUGCUUCCUGGAGAGGAAUUUCAUCUGUUGUUUCCACUGCUUGCUAGAUAACUCCUCGGGAUUUCUGGCCUUGAAUUACCAUGGACUCUUGAAAUUGCUUCAUGGGCAACAGAAGGGGGCAUCCAAUAGCUCCCUGCUGCUUCCCCGGCUGGCUCUCUUUGCCAUUGCAACUCCCCUCCAGCCACUCUCGAUCCUGGAGUUUUGGACUAAGACAUUCAUCUUCCAGACAAAGCACAAGCUGGACUUUACUCCAAUUGCCUGUGAUUCCAGAUAUGGUAUUGUGCUGGGAUAUACAGAAACGGAGCCAUGUAUGAGGGGAUCUGGAUACCAGUUUGUGCAUGUGGCUGAGAUGUACUACACAGAUAACCAUGUGAGAAUGAUGAAGAUAGGGAAGAGUGGCCUAACAGUUUUCAAGCUACUAACCAAGAGGGCUGGCUGGGCCUGGGUCCAGGCCAAUGCCAGGCUGGUGUACAAAGGAGGCCAGUCCGACUGCAUCAUUGCCAGGUAGCGGGUCCUCUUAAAUGAAGAAGGAGAACAUCUGCAGACGCAAAACCUGCAGCUGCUUUUUAGUUUUGCCAUGGGGGAAGCAGUCUUAUAUGGGAAUGACCUUCCUGAUUUCCUGGAUUCCUUCCAGACUAAGGAGGAGUUUCAAACAAGUAAAGACUCUCACAUGGAGCAGUGUUCAGUAGUCCUCAAUUCUCUUCUUGAGGCCAUGAAGAAGCAGGAUGCAUCUGUGUAUGUCUCUCAUGCUGAUAAUGUCCGACAGUUUCCCCUGAUAAGUCUCAUCAGUGAGUCUGAUGGGCCAGGCCAAGACAAGAAAGCUAGCGACACCAAGGAGGACAACGACUCCCUCCUGGUCAUCAUUGAAACUCUCUUUGAGAAAGUGGACAGGAACAUCUGUCAGACCCUCCAGAACCUCAAUGCUGACAACAUGGAACUCCAGCAGUGGGAGAAGACUCUGUUUGGCUUGAGUGCAGAGGUGCUGACAUCUCAGAAUAUUGAUGAGAGGCUGGGCAGUGGCGUAAACACCUACAUGGAACAGAUGCCGUUCAGGAAGGACACUGGGAAGACACUGGACUAUCAGCUCCUGCACCACUGUGGUUUCAAACAUCACCACAGCUUCAAGCACCUGAUGCACAAGACCAAGAUGCUGUGGUUUCUCUUGUCUCCAUUAUGUCCAAGGGCAGCUCUGCUCAACCUAAACAGCAGGCCCCAUUUAACCCAGCUGGGCUCAUGA